AUGCCCCACGCCGCACCCUCCCCGACCUUCCCGCGCGCCGAGUGGCCGGCCGACUCGACGCCCCUCUCGGCCGCUGCGCGCGCGGCCUCGCGCAGAGUCGGCACCGACAUUGACGUGACAGAGGCGACGUUUGCGCUGGCGCUGUAUGACAAGGUGUCCGAGUAUACAGCCUACCUCCGCGCGAUGCACGUCGGGCGCGACGCCCCGCGCUCGCUCGAGGCCUGGCGCCUCGAGACGGACGCGCUCGUUGCGGCAGUGUACGCGCUCGCGGACCACGCGCUGCCGUUCGCGCCCGAGCUGCCCGACGUGCUGCCCUUCGUCCGCGCGGCCCUCGACGCAGGCUACGUGCGCGGCGUGGACGCCGACGAGGCGAUGCCGCGGUCUGCGCAGGAGCAGUUCCGCGCCUUCUCGGACGAGUACGGCCUCGAGUUUGUCGAGCGCAAGGCUGCGACCGACGGAGGCAGCAUGUCGGCCGACGAGGGCGAGGCGGCGCUUGCGCGCCGUCGUCGCCGCCCCAAGAUGCUCUUCCGCCGCCGUAUCACCCUCACUCCGGCGCCGAUGGGCAAGGUCAAGAUCAAGAGCGCGGCCCUCAGCCACCAGUUUGUCCGCCUCGCCGUGUCCACCCCGUAA